AUGGCCCCAAAAAGUAAAGUACCACUUAAUGUUGAAACAGUUUAUACUGUCAACUCAACGCAUAAUAGAGAAUGGAGAGUAAAAUUGAUUAUAUUAAUAAUGAUCGCGUUAUUAAGUUCUUUAUUUGGAGCAUGGAAUGUUUGGAGAUUGAUUGAAGCGGUCAGAAGUCCCGUAAUUUCCAUGAAAUCUGCUUAUCGUUCAGUUGUACCAGUGCCAGGUGUUGCAAUUUGUGGAUCAACACUUGAUCUGCAACCUCAAUGUUUUCACAGUGCAUUCAAUGCUGCAGAUGAUGAUCAUACAAAGGGUUUAAGUUGUGACUCGUACUUAACAUUCCAUAGGAUGGACGCAUCGAAUUUUGUCAAUAUGUUAGGAUUCGAUAAUCUUACCAGUCAAUAUUGUUAUGUAUUAAAUCCUUCGCAACAAUUCAAUCAAUCUUAUGGCGUUAACCCUCUAGUAUUUAAUAAUGACACACAAAAAAUUGCUCUCGCAUUGUGGUCUAGCGAACAGGCGAAUAAUACUCUAGGAAAAAUUACAGAGGAACGCUGGUUCUUUUUUGGUACAUUUACGGAAAACGAAGAUCCGACUCAAGUACGAUUCCAAAUUGUUAAAAUGCCAUCUAUAUCCUAUCUUUAUUUUAGGAGAAUAGAAAGAUACGAAGCAUUAAAAUCAGAUGCAAUAAUUGGAACUGGAUUAAAUGGAAAUACUGACCCACAUCCUGAUGCUAUAAUAGAAUAUGAAACAUCUUUCACUAGCUUUUCCCUCCCAGGAUUUGCGCUUAAUGCUAGUCUUUGGGAACUUUUUAGAAUUAUCCCAAUGGGUUAUAUUACCGAUUUAGAAACCAAUACUCAAAAAUAUCCUGUACGACUUAGAAUUAAUCUAGUUGAUUUCACAAUUCUUCAAAUGGCAGCCAACAUGGGAGGCUUUAUAAGUAUUUUAAGUGCUGCAUACUUCAUUUUGUUUGGUUCGAGAAGAAUUAAUCCUUGGGGAGUUGUUCAACGUUAUAUCCUUAAAAAUACUCCAACCCCACCAGCUUUGUACACGCCGACUAUCACAUCUUAUUCAGAUAUGAAAGUCAAAGAAGUUGAUGAUAAUUAUUCAUCUUAUCCACAAACUGGGAAAAGUUUUCAAAGUACCUCAACGACCCCCACGACACCCGGAAUCCACCAUCAAACCGAUUCAGAUGCAGAUGCAGAUAUUGGUCUUCCAUUGCAAAAUGUGACCCGAUAUCAAAUAGGAACAUCUGCAGAACAUCAAUCACCUAAAUCUCCAGACGAUCAAGUACACCAAGAAUAUGUAAAACGAUAUUCUCAAACACCUACAGCACCUGACUUGGAUGAUCCUAGAAUAUUAAAAAUAAGGCACGAAUUGCGUGCAGAAGUUCAAAGAACAAUCGCCAAUGAAUUAGCAAAAUUAAGAUUAUUCUUGAGUAAAUAUUAUCUAAAAGAUAUUAUGAAAACCGAAUAA